AGUAGUCACAAAAUGGCUUCCACUCGUUUCGUUGAGGAUUUGCAAUGGGUCUGAAACCGUCCAUGUAACGUGAACGAUUUGAUGUCCGUGUGGAUUGUUCAGUGUGUGCAGAUGUUUGUUCAUCUCAUCAACAGCGAAUAAAUGCAGAUAAGUGUUAUGCAACAGAGUGCCUUCACUAGGACAGCCAUCUUGGCUGUUUUGGUUGUCCUAGCAACCACACAGCAAUGCGACUACCAAGUCACCAAUAAAAGUGUUAUCAAUGUUCCGGCAUCGGAGAAAAAUGGAGCAGUGUUUAUGUCUGACGUCUACAAGUCAUCAAGGGAGGAAUGCCAGAGAGCUUGCUGCAACAUGGAGGAAGAAGAGCUUAACGACGGGAGCUAUGUAAAGUGUAAUUUAGGCGUCUUCCAUCAUGGUGGCAGCCUUGGCAAGGCUAAUUGCUUCCUCAUCCACUGUCCAUCUAUAGGAUCCUGCAUCUUUUCUGAACUCAAGGGAUUCUCAUCAAGCUUUGUGGCAUACACACUGCUACCAACAGAAGCCCCAGUCUUUAAAAAACCUCCCAGUCUCAAAUUCACUAACCCCAACGCCAGUCCCAGGUUUUUACACAAAUUAGUCAGGAGAAGUAAUGGCCAGGGUCAGAGUCCGACAACUGAUGAAGCAAAGGAGAAGGCGGCUGAGAAUGUGGCAAAGUUGGAAGGGAACCUCAUCAACCUGGUGGAGCAACAGCUCAAGAAAGUGGAAUCAAACAUGGGGGAUGUUGGCACUAAGGCAGAAGUACAUGAGACAACCCCCAAGAGUCCUGAGAAAACAACGUCACCCACUAUCACCACGGUGGGUGCGGUGGUAACCACGGUAUCUACAACUAAAGUCAGUGGUGACCCUACUACUAAACUCACACAGGCGAAAGUUGAGGCUAAAGUUGAGGCUAAAGUUGAGGCUAAAGUUCAGGCUGAUGUCGAGACAACAACGGCCUCCGCAGAGGUUCAAGUUUCAACAGUAGGACCUCCAGCUGCUACACAACCAACCACUAAACAAUUAGCUCCUCAAAAGACACCACCACCUCCACAAGACUCUCCCAUUCCUCAGCCCUCAACCUCCAUCAAACCAAAUGCUCCCUCUCUCCCUACAAACCCAACCCCUCCAGCUAGUGAAGCCAAACUCGCCAGUAAACCCACCUCGGGUCCUGAGCUUGAGGUUGUAACCUCAUCAAGCCAAACUGCACAUCCUCCCGAGGCAAUAGAAUCAGCUGGUUCCAAUGGCUCCCAACCAACCACUGUCCAACCUCCAAAAGUCUCUCCCGAUCCUCCUACAACCACUCAAGCUUUAAAACCAAGCAUUAAACCCACUGGCUCAUCCUCUCUCUCAGUUUCAGAUUCCAUCAGCAAUGCCACCCUUAACUCUUCCCCCCUUGAAGCACAGUCUUCCUCAUCUCUAGCUUCUUCAUCCUUCUCAAGUAACUCGCCAACUACUCUAUCACCCUUUACAACAACUCCUCCGACUCAUCCCACUAUACCUCUCAAUGUUUCAGAAUCCUCGCUGCAAACCACGAUGAGCAAUACCUCUAAUUCAACCCUCUCCAUUGCACCCUCAUCUGCAACCCCAACUGCACCCCCAACUGCACCCUCAUCUGCACCUGUAACUGCACCCUCAACUGAACCCUCCACCCCUACCUCCCUAACCACACUCCUCCACCUUACCUCUGAACAAUCUAACAUUACAUCAGAUGAUAGUCCUACCGUCAUCAAUGUAACUGCAGAAGCAACUCAAUCAUCAACAGUAUACUCAGACGAUGAUGUCAACAGUUCAACCAUUGCAUCUAAGACGACCUCGAGUCCCAAGUCAACUCCUUCCAUUCCACCAACCGUCCAGGAGCCUGCUACGACCAUUCCAUCAUCGGUCGACGAUCCAUCACGAAAAGAAAUGGAAGACAACCAGACUUUGGCUGGUACCCCGACAUCAGCAGCACUUGUUGGUAACGAGACAUUAGUUUCUAAUGAGACUAUGGGGGUCGGGGUUGGGAAUGAGACCUCAGCAGCUGCACAAAUGGAUGAAGAUGGAGAUGAGGACGAUGUUGCAGCAAAUAGUCUCAUCGCCUCAAACGGUGCAUUGAUUGCUGCCGUGUGCUUCGGAGUGCUCUUCCUGAUGGCAGUCUUAGUUGUGAUUGGUAAACAUUGGUAUGAGGCAUACCAGCGAAGACACUACUCCAAGGUGGAUUAUCUCAUUAAUGGAAUGUACAACUAGCAGGUUACCAGUUUAGAUGAGGGGGAGGGUGGUAGGUGGCGAAAGCUGUUAUUUUUUAUCACAUAGUAAAAUUGAUAUUGGUUUCAUCUAGUGAGUUAAAGUAGUCUGUGACAUUCCUACUUUGAUGAUUUAAUGUUUAUUUAUAAUAACUCUCUGCAUAAUUAUGGCCUUAUUAAUGUUAACCAUUUGGGCACAAUUGCAUAAACCUGUUAAGCAGAAAAUACUGAUUGACAAAUUUCUUUACUUCAAAAUUUGAGCCGGGCACAAGCCACAACAAUGCAAACAUAAUGUAAUUUGGGCUGGUAACCUGAAUUUGCUAAGCAAUACUAUGUUCAGCAACAUUAUGUGCUUACAGGCCAAGUUGGGCCCUGUUGUAACAGAGUGAAGUCAUGUUGAAGAACUGUAUAGUAAUCAUUUCUAAUCUGACUAUGUUUAUUUUGCACUCUUUAUAUUCAGUAAAUGUAUGUUGUUUUACGACUCCGAGGUACAGUUCGCCCUUGGUUUAUUUGAAAUUUCUCUACAUUUCCAUCCCCUCAGCUCGAAACUUUUGUCAAGUGAUCAUGUGGUAGUGGAUUCAGUGGUAAAACAGUUUAUAAUUUUCCAAGGAUUUGUUUGCGCUUGUUAGUUUUAAUUGGUGGUGGGGGUUGGGAUGGUCUUUUAAAGUUAUUACCUUGUCCUAAACAUUGGGUGUGUUCAAUUUAGCUUCCCUGGGUCUACCCGGGUCUUCCCCGGGUAGGUUCGAAAAAGCUUAGAGGGUGAGGGAUCGUUUGAUUAGCUCUUGUCAGGGGCUCACCUACUAUUUCAGGGGAAAACUAUUUCUCUGAAGUUUUGGUAUCGGUAUGAUUUUCAUAAUCAAUGAACUUUCAUUAUGAAACUACUCAUUCUUUAAUUGAACCAAAAAUCCUAAACAAUCCCUUACUUUGUUAAACAGUGGAAUAACCAGACAUUUUCAUUUGGGGGAGGGGCGUGGGCAAAGACAUCAUUUUGGGGGCUAUUAUGUUUUGAACCAUUUAAGUUUUGCAUGUUUUUCGAUCUCAUGGGGGUUUGGGUGAUGGGGGAGGGCUCUGAGUUUUAGGGAACUUCUUUAUACGAUUUUUUUCUUUUAUCUUAAGUACUGGUUAUUUACUUCGCUGCUUAUGUUUCGGUUAUCACUGGUAAAGUACAACUAGAGUGGGUUAGCUGGGACAGAACCAGUUUCAGCUACUGUAAAACUAGACAAAACCUGUGUGAACCAGUUUAAAUGGGUGCUUUUUUUAAAUUUUUUUAGCAAAAUUAAAACACGUGAUUUGCUUGCUAGAAUGGCAGUAAAGUUUGAAGCUCCUUUCAAUUUAGAACGAACUUAUCAAUGAAGUUUAUUUUACAUGUCUUUUAGGUAGUGUUAACAGGGUAGCACAUUUCAAGGUAGUAUCUCAUUUUAUGAGAUUUCAAGAAUAUUUAUUUUUUAUUUUGAAAAUCUUUUUUUUUUUUAAAAGGGGAGAAUUAUUUUGUUGCUUAAUAAUGGAUCAGAGUUAAGUGGGAUUGUUUUCAACAGUGGCCUUAUUGUUAGUGUCUUUCCAGGAUAUAUAUAUAUUUAUGACAAGAAGAAAGUCUUUCAGUGAAUUAGUUUACUUUUAAACAAACUAUCUACUUAAAAUUAAGAUUCAUGAAAUAAGUGUAUCUGGUUGGGUUUCAUUGAACUAGUUUAUUCUUUGUUUUGUGUAGUUCAUGCCUGUAUUAAAGGUCACAUUAAAUUAGAUCACAAUAUUUUUUUUUCGCACACAAGUAUUCAGUACCUAAUGUUAGUGUUAAUAUUUUUAAGUAUAAACUGAUUAUUUUAAUCUGAAAUCUUCUUGAUGUAUUUGAUAUAAUCAAAAUAAUAUGAAGUCCAAUAAGUGCAAUUGUAAAGAGGAGAAAGGUCAACUCUAUGAAUAAUAAUGAACUCUAUGAACUAAUGAACUCUGUGAAUAAUAAUGAACUCUAUGAAUAAUAAUGAACUCCAACUAUUUCUAAUGUAUUCUAACCAAAUGUGUGAUUAAUUAUGUUAGUACUAUUUGUAUAAAUUGGUUAUUUUUAAAGCACAAAAUGUAGGAUUUCUUGUAGUAAAUUAAGCAUAUUGAACUUAUUUACAGGUAUAAAUAGUAUAUAUUAGUCUAAAGGUCACACAAGUGGAUUUCCAUAUUGUUUAGGUGGUUAUUAUUUGAUAACUUGGUCACAUACAUAUCUUGUAUUCUUUUGAAGUAUUUCUGAUCUACAAAUGAUCUUCCGCAUUUUUGGUAAACAGUAAUUUAAUGCCUUGGAUAAUUUAAUAAUAAAAAAAGGAUUAAA